ACUGUUGAAACUUAACAGCUGCAACGCAUUUAUACACAUGUGCAAACUUUGCCCAUGUACGACACUCCCCAAAACCUGUGCUGCUCAACUCCAAAGAACUCCAGCGCCUUUCCAACUCCGUUCAGCCGUGGAUUUCUCUGAGUGCACAAGGAUCCUUCUCGGUCCGACAACUUUUUCCCCCUAAACUGGAACUCACUUAUAGAAAAUGUCUGCUUCAGUGCUGUCUUCCAUAUAUGAUUUCGACAGGGAAAAAGUCCCAAAUUCAAAUGCAAUCCAUCUCCAAAAUAUGCUGGAAAAGAGGAAUUUCGGGGUCCCAUUUGCUGCUUCCAAUACAAACAGCAACAGAUCUUUUGGUUAUUUCAGGAGUAACUCAUCAAACCACAUGGACUUCAACAUGAGCAACAGGCUGCAGAUCGGUUUCGAGAGCUCAACACCUGCCUUCAUGAAUAAAGAAAACAAGUACCGAGACCGUGCGUUCAGUGACACGGGGGAACGCAGUCAACAACUUCAGGAAAUUCUUCAACAAAAGCCCGGCUCUCAGAUCAACUCUACCCGCUACAAAACCGAACUCUGCCGGCCCUUUGAGGAAAACGGUUUGUGCAAGUAUGGGGAAAAGUGUCAGUUCGCUCACGGCUAUCACGAACUGAGAAACCUGUCCCGCCACCCGAAGUACAAGACGGAGCCAUGUCGCACGUUCCACACUAUUGGUUUCUGCCCAUACGGCCCUCGCUGCCACUUCAUUCACAAUGCAGAUGAGCGCAGAGCUGCUACGUGUAACGCUCAACCGAGGCUCAGCAAGGAGAUUGGUGUCCUGGAAGAGAAAGAGUCAUCAAACCCGUUCCUGAGACCGAGGGAAAGACCGAAGCUGCACCACAGCCUGAGCUUUUCCGGCUUCUCCAGCUCCUGCAGCAACGAGUCCACUUUGAUUGACAACCCAACAUCACACACGCCCCCGCUGCCCAACUGCACACUCACUACCAGUUCACCCUGUCUGAAUGUGUUCACGUUCCCCGAUCAGGAUCUUAAGGCUUUUCUUGCCCCCAUCAUCUCUCAGACCCAUAGUGCUUUUACCCAUCAUACCAGUGGUGGCUUGUACAGUAACAUCCAGACCAACGCUUGCCCCCCGUCGCCACCUUUCAAAAUGAGCCACUUUCCCUCCAUGCAUCCACUCUCAGAGUCUCCAGUGUUCGAUUCUCCACCAAGCCCGCCGGAUUCCCUCUCCGAUCCCGAAGGGUACCUGAGUGGCUCUUGCUGUUCCUCUGGCACAAUCAGUGGCUCGGAGUCGCCCAGUAUGGACGCAAAUAGACGUUUGCCAAUCUUCAGCAGGCUGUCGAUUUCAGACGAUUGACUUGCUAUUAUUGUUAUAGCCUUUUAUCCAA